GGAGGCGGAGGGGGCGGUGACUAGAAGCUCGGGGGAGGAGCUUGAGCGCCUGCCGCUGUCCGAGUUCUGCCGGCAAUCGUGUCCAGCCUCUGGUUAUCGUCGUACAGCCAUCGGUACGCCGCGCUCUUACGGGGACCAGUAGUUCGCUUGCCCGCCAGGAGCAGCCGCCAGCAAGAGCGGCAGCGGGGAAUGGAAGCGGAGAACGCGGGCAGCUAUUCCCUUCAGCAAGCUCAAGCUUUUUAUACGUUCCCAUUUCAACACAUGAUGGCUGAAGCUCCUGACGGGGCCGUGGUGAGCGAACAGCACAUGCCGGCAGAAGUUCCAGACCCCGCUCCUGCUCAGGAACCUGUACAAGAGACUCCAAAAGGAAGGAAAAGGAAACCCAGAGCAACAGAACCAAAAAAACCAGUAGAACCCAAAAAGCCUGCUGAGGCCAAAAAAUCUGGCAAGUCCACAAAAUCAAAAGAAAAGCAAGAAAAAAUUACAGACACAUUUAAAGUGAAAAGAAAAGUAGACCGUUUUAAUGGUGUUUCAGAAGCUGAACUUCUAACCAAGACCCUCCCAGACAUUUUGACCUUCAACCUGGACAUUGUGAUUAUUGGCAUAAACCCAGGACUAAUGGCAGCUUACAAAGGGCAUCAUUACCCUGGACCUGGAAACCAUUUUUGGAAGUGUCUGUUUAUGUCCGGCCUGAGUGAGGUCCAGCUGAACCAUAUGGAUGACCACACUUUACCAGGGAAAUAUGGUAUUGGGUUUACCAAUAUGGUGGAAAGGACAACACCAGGCAGCAAAGAUCUUUCCAGUAAAGAAUUUCGUGAAGGAGGACGUAUUCUAGUGCAGAAAUUACAGAAAUAUCAGCCACGAAUAGCAGUGUUUAAUGGAAAAUGUAUUUAUGAAAUUUUUAGUAAAGAAGUUUUUGGAGUUAAGGUUAAAAACUUAGAAUUUGGACUUCAACCCCAUAAGAUCCCAGACACAGAAACUCUCUGCUACGUUAUGCCGUCAUCCAGUGCGAGAUGUGCUCAGUUUCCUCGAGCCCAGGACAAAGUUCAUUACUACAUUAAGCUCAAAGACUUGAGAGAUCAGUUGAAAGGCAUUGAACGAAACACAGACGUUCAAGAGGUGCAGUAUACAUUUGAUCUGCAGCUGGCCCAAGAGGAUGCAAAGAAGAUGGCUGUUAAGGAAGAAAAAUACGACCCAGGUUAUGAAGCAGCGUAUGGCGGUGCUUAUACAGAAAAUCCGUGCGCUGGCGACCCCUGCAGCUUCUCCUCCAGGGGGCUAGCUGACAGUGCAGAAUCAACUUUCGGUGACGUUCCAAAUGGGCAGUGGAUGACCCAGUCGUUUACAGACCAGAUUCCUUCCUUUAAUAAUCAUUGUGGGACACCAGAACAGGAAGAAGGAAGCCGCGCUUAAGAGUGGUGCUUCUCAGAUCUACCUCGGUGCCGCCGUUCUGUCGUCAAGAAGUGGCCCUCACUUGGCUCACUGAGGCAUUUUAUUAGUACUUUGCUCUCUGAUGGGAGGAUAAUACAGUUGCGUGAUAGAAUCAACUGUAUGAACCUACUAAGUAAGUUGGGAAGGAAAAAGGUAGGGUUUUUUUGUGUAUGAGUUUUUGUAUUUGAAUUAACCAUCAUUCCAGCUUUUUAUAAACUAUACUUCGUUAUGAAGAAACUGAUUCUCCUUGGGGAGUCACUUUUAAUCUGUAAUUUUAAAAUGGAACAGUCUGAAUAUUUAUACUUGAUUAUUAACUGUGCAUAAACUGAGAUACCCAUUAUUCCUUUUAUGCCUAAGAAGGGCAUGCUAGUAAUAAUUACCCCUGGUAAAGAGGCAGAUGUGUUCUUUUUUGUAUAUGAAGUCAACCCACAGUGGAGUCUCAUUUGGUAGUUUUUAGUGGCGUUUGAUGGGCUCCCUGAAGCGUAGUCAUGUUCACACCUCUUGGCCUCACCAGUGGGGAGCGUCUGUGAGAGAUGCCCAGCAGGGGAAACGUAAAGUGCAGCCUCCGGCAGCAAGGCUGGCCUCGCCUUCUCUGACAGGGCCCUGCAGCCUGGCUGUGGCCUCCUCUUGCUGGGUGUUAAUCCUCUAGUGUAGGUAGAAACUGUUGAGCUGGGAUGCUAAAUUCCAGAGAAUGCAGUAGACCUUUUUUAAGUUUGUUCCUUCCUCUGUGUUUUACUUGAGUGACAUACAUUGAUAGGGAAGGAACUGAAUUUCUCUUACAAUAUCUGUCGCCAUUCUACUUCUUUCCUCCUUGGCUUUAAGGGUAUAACAUGGAAAGUGGUGAGAAAUGAGCUCUUAGGCUGAGCAACAGCCUGCUGGAGGUAUUUGAUUAUCUUAUUUAAAUUGGUGCUUUAUGUACGUGAGAUGUAUUAAGAUAACAAAAUUUUUUCAUGCUGGGUAUAUCUAAUCAAUAAUUUAAGAAAAUCUCCACAUCAUUGUCUGUUGCUGUGAACUAAGUGGGCCUCUUGGCAGGGUUAGUUUGAAGUAACGUACCUUUGUGAUUUUCUAAUGCCUUUUCCAUGGUGCUAUGAAGAGUCCACACUAGUAGGCCUGGUGGAUAGUAAAACUGGGUGUUCAGAAAUGCCAUUUGCAGUUACUCCUGGUCACUUCUGAAUGUCCUGAUGUCGCACAUACCCAGGGAGCAUGCUGUUUUUCAAUACGAAAAUAUUUAUGAGGUGUUCUUUUUUCUCUUUUUUUUCUAAGAGAUUAUAUGGCCUGUUCUCUGUAUAAUAAGAGAAACAAAGUCUUGUGAAUCUUAACAUGCCUUUUAGCUGUGGCUGUGAUGGAUUUUCUAUUUCCCUUAGUCUAGGUCAAGCUGUGUCAAAGUUACUCAGCCCAUGUUCUCUCACUCAUGUACUGCACUGCCGUUUACAUGGAUGUUUUAUGCGGGCGCUUGAAGUGCCUUGCAUCAGGGAUUAGGAACAAUUGAAUUAUUUUUUCAUGGGACUAUGUAAAGCAUGUAAGUAGGAAUUGCUUUGGUAUAUAAUGAUUGUAGCCUUACAAUAGUUUUGUUUUAUUUGUUUUGUUUUAAUUUGAGUGGAGAAAGUACCCUUUAAAUUAUGAUGGACACUUAUUAGAGAAUGGGAUUGAGGAUUUUUCAAGCAUACAAUAAUGGUGUUUUCCAUUACCUACGGAAGAUGACUAGUAAAUGUUGAUAUAUCCUAUACGUGACUAUAUGAGACUUUUUCAUUAAAAAAUAUUGAAAAAGUUUUUAAAUUCA